AACAGGAUGAUCCAGGAUUGUCCUCUUUGCCUGGAGAGCAUAAAUACCACUGGGGAGCUCUGUGAGACUGCAGUUGGGACGAGCUGCUGAGCUGAGACCUUGCACAUCUCGCACCUCCUCAGGCUUAUUUCAUCCUUUUUGCCCUCCUCCUAGUUUAAAUAUUUCAGAUAUAUAAUUUAUUUUCCACAAGCAGGCUUGGAGGAGCUGCAAUUUCCUGGGGACUUGGAAGUACUCAGCGAGAGCCACAGUGAGCCACGGGAGUCCCUGAGAGAAAACCUACCGUCGUCUUCGUCUCCACAUCUGCUGGCUGUAGAGGAGGAGGCAUGAAUCCUGCCCUGCCUUGGAUCCUUCCUCUUGGAUGUGUACUGCUCCUGACAAAGGCAGCCGAAUGCUUUAUCUUGCACAACUCGAGUCACCUGGAAAGCAUUCUGAGUAAAUACCAGGAUGGGGAAACUCACUCCAGAUCCAAGAGAGCCAUUUUAUUCUCGGACAGACAGGAGAUAUUGAUGCUCCACAAUAAAUUGAGAGGUCAAGUGUACCCAGCGGCCUCUAAUAUGGAAUACAUGACCUGGGAUGACGAGCUGGAAAGAUCAGCCCACGCUUGGGCUCAGCAGUGCAUCUGGGACCAUGGACCUAGUGCCCUCAUCAGGUCAAUUGGACAGAACUUGGCGGUUCACUGGGGCAGGUAUCGGUCUCCAGCUUUCCACGUCCAGGCUUGGUAUGACGAAGUUAAAGAUUACACCUACCCGUAUCCCCACGAGUGCAACCCGUGGUGCCCCGAAAAAUGCACCGGCUCGAUGUGCACGCAUUACACCCAGAUAGUCUGGGCCACGACGAACAAGAUCGGCUGUGCCGUGAACGUCUGCAAGCAGAUGAACGUCUGGGGCGAAAUCUGGGAGAAUGCCGUCUACCUGGUCUGCAACUACUCGCCGAAGGGUAACUGGAUCGGAGAAGCCCCAUAUAAAACCGGCCGCCCCUGCUCCGAAUGCCCGCCGAGCUACGGAGGAGGCUGCCAGAACAACCUCUGCUACAAAGAUUACCGCUACGAAGAUCCCGUCAUCACUGAGACGGAUGAGACUAACGAAGUGGAGAUUUCGCAGGUGGCGGAGCAAAAGCCGGUGCGGUUCCAUCCUCCGGAAAGCAAACCCAAGAAAAUCAUCCCGGACUCCUACAUGACACAAGUCAUUACCUGUGAAACCAAGAUGAGAGACAAAUGCAGAGGCUCAACAUGCAACAGGUAUUUGUGCCCAGCUGGCUGCUUGUACAGUAAGGGAAAGAUCUUUGGAACAUUUUAUUAUGAGAGUUCAUCAAGCAUAUGUCGUGCUGCAAUUCAUUACGGCAUCCUGGACAAUAAAGGAGGACUGGUUGAUAUCACGAGGAAGGGGAGGACACCGGCUUUUGUGAAGUCUACCAGGAACGGCGUGGAGUCUUUUAGGAAAAGUAAGCCUUCAAAUGCAUUCAUGGUUUCCAAAGUCACAACACAGACGCUGGAUUGCUAUACUACAGUAGCUGAGCUGUGCCAGUUCAAAAAACCGGCGACCCAUUGCCCAAGGAUUUAUUGUCCAGCCCACUGUAAAGAUGAGCCAUCGUACUGGGCGCCGGUGUUUGGCACAAACGUUUAUGCAGAUAGCUCCAGUAUCUGCAAAACCGCGGUGCACGCAGGAGUCAUUCAAGAUGAAAGAGGUGGUUUUGUGGACGUGAUGCCUGUAGAAAAGAAGAAAAGUUAUGUUGGCUCCUUAAAGAACGGAGUCCAGUCUGAGAGCUUGAAGAAUCCUUCAGAUGGAAACGCUUUCCGAAUUUUUGCUGUGAAGCAGUAAAUUCCCAGGGAAGGUGCAGGUUUCUUUGGGAGAACGCUCUGUUGAUCUCCAGAGACAGGAAGGCUCCUCUGAUGGUAUCAGCUCUGACCGUACCCUCCUUGCCGAUCUCUUUCAGGGAAUUAAAAAAGAAAAGGAAAAAAAAAAAAAAA